CAAGCUCGCCCCUACUUCCGCCUCUAGUUCUGACGCGUUUUGAGCAAAAAAGCCGCAGCUUGCGUUUGUGAAUUUAUAUUGUUUGUUAAUUCAUUUUGCGGCCAAUAUAUUGGGGGCCAGGCUAGCAACGAAAUCAGCUAACCGUAGUUGUAGGCCAAGCGAAGUGUCGCAAACAGCCGCAUUAGCAUAAUUGCAUCGCACGCAGAGUGUGCCGCUUUUGAGUGUAUGUGUGUGGUGUGUGCGCGAAUUGUUUGAAAGCAUCAGCAGAAAAGGCGGCAAAAAGAGGCGAAGUGGAGAGCGAAAAGAAAAAGAAGAACGACACCGACAGCGGCGGCAGCACAAAAACAAAAAAAAAAAUGCAACGGCAAACAAUUAUUUUUGCAAUGCAUUGAACGUGAAGUUGCUCCAAAAACACGGACACCCCGAAAACGCAUACAGCCAAGAAACGGCACUUCAGCUUUUUUCCAUUUCUUUUGCAUCGAGCGCGCGACAGGAAUAAACUGCAAUACAGAAAAUCACAAUUUACUUGACAAAUGGUCCAAAUCUAACGACUGAUAUUUGAAAGAUAAGGGCCUUUUGUGCGCGCGACGCAAUAACUGGGCAGCUCUUGAAAGUAUGCUACACAAAUUUGUUUCAACGUGUUACUGCAAGAACAAGACCAACAACAACCAUCAACAUACCACACACUUUAUCAUAUAGACUGCGCUCAAGACAGAGACAGAGACAGGUAGAGAGCGAGAGAGAGGAAGGACGAGAGCAACAAACUAUAGCAACAAGAAAGCAAAAACAACAACCAGGAAACGACGUUACCAACUGGAAUAUAUAUAGAAAUUUCUACAACAAAAUAACAACAAAAAAGUAAAGCUGUUACUCCUAAAGGUAAACGGGGCCACCGACGGCAAUUACAGCGCUAAGAUGGCGUCCUCGCCGACACCAUCACUAGACUCGAUGCGGGGCGGGGCGAACUCGAUUGAAUCGUAUGAACACGCCGGCUACCUAUCAGACUCCCCGCUCACGCUGAGCGGCUCAUCGCCACCGGCCAGCGAUUCGGCAAUCUGCAGCGACGAGUACACGGGCGGAAGCAGCGUCAAGUCCCGGUCAGAGGUGACGGUGAUCAAUGGCCAUCAUCCCAUCUCGGCCUCGGUCUCGUCCAGCUCCUCGGCUAGCUCCUCAUCCUGCUCAUCGUCAUCCUCGUCGUCAUCGUCCUCAUCAUCGUCCAGCAGCUCCUCGACCAGCGGUCUCAGUGGCUGCGGCAGCACCAGCAGCAGUGUGAUCAGCACCAACAAUGGAACUACAAGCAACGGGCCCGGCGUGAUUGGUAGCAAUCUGCAGGGCAAUAGCAAUGGCAACAGCAACUCUGGAAUCAGCAGCCUGGUCGUGGGAGCAGGCAAGGGAAGCAACAGUAGUGCCAGCAACGGAAGCAGCAGCUCAUCCAGCAACACAUCCGCCAAUGGAUCCCCGCCACGUUGCACCGCCUGCAAGAGCAAGUGCAGCGAUGCGGUGGCCAAGUGCUUCGAUUGCCAGAGCUAUCUGUGCGCCAAUUGUGUGACUGCUCACGAAUUUAUGCACUGUUUCAACGGCCACAAUGUGUGCUUGAUCAAGGGCUUUGAGGCCAGCACCACCGCUGGCUCACCACUGGGUUCCGUUGGAUCGCCGAGCAACAAUCCGGCCUCCAAUGAGUUCAAGUACGCCAGCUCUCUGACCAUGAUGCUGCAGCAACAGCAGCAGCAGCUCGAUUCACAGCAACAACAGCAGCAGCAGCAGCAACAGCUGCUGCCGGCGCAGCCCAUGUCACAGCUCUCGAAGAUUGUGCUAGCCGCUGCCGCCCAGGCGAAUUCCCAGGAGCAACAGCGAGAGGAGAACUCACUCUACGGCUCACUGCACCCACAACAACAACAGCAGCAGCAAAGGCAACUUUUUUGUCCGCGCCACAAGCAGGAGCUGCUGAAGUUUAGCUGUCGCACCUGCUGCAUUCUGGUCUGCAAGGAGUGCAUUGUCCUGGAGCACUCAACCGGGCUGCACGAACUUGAGAAUGUGCAGUCUCCGGGAUUGACACCAGCCUCCACCGCGGGAACCUCGGCCAAUGAGACAGCCUUGCAGACACUGCUCGCCGAUAUGCGCGGCAAGAUUGGCGAGAUUGUGGGCAUUGCCGGAAACUCGGAUCAGAAUCUUACCAAGGUGAAGCUGCAGUAUCAGAAGGCGCAUAACGAGCUGAACGAGACGCAUCAGUUCUUUGCCUCCAUGCUGGAUGAGCGCAAGACGGAGUUGCUCAAGGAGCUGGAGUCCCUGUACUCGGCCAAGGUGAACAGCAACAGUGCGUGGCAGCAGCGUUCCCGCGAUCUGAUCGACAAGGGUCUGGCCACCUGCGAGGCUGUGGAGCGGAGUCCUGCUCCACCGUCAUCACUGCUGGCGGAAGCUCUGCUCCUGCGCAAGUCCCUGGAGCAGCAACUGCAAACGGGCAUCCAGGAGAUGCAGCUGCCCUUCGAAAUGGAGUUUAUGUCCAACUAUCAGUCGAUUCAAGCUGGCGUCCGUAACACCUUUGGCUAUAUCCGGGCCAGCAGCUCAGAUGGAGGCCAUGCCGGCCUAAGCCUCCCCAGCAACGGUCACGGAAAGCAGCCACCAAUCGCUAGGCCCACACAGAGCGCAAGUAACAGCAGCGCCAGCAGCGCGGGCAGUGGCCACCAUGGCGGUCACCAUCAGCAGUCGCAUCAUCACGGCGGCCAUCACAAUCAUCACCAGGCGUCGUCGCACCAUCAUCAGCAAUUGCAGGCGCAAUCCUCACUCCAUGGCCUCGGUCUGGGAUUGAGUGGCAGCAGUCUGCUAGACAGCAGCAGCUCUACUGUUGGUGGUUCAGGCGCCGGAGCCUUUAGCAAUGGAAGCCUCCUUUUAAGCGGCCGAGAUCGCAGCAACGCUUUGGCCGUAGAGCAGCACUUUGGUGAGCUAAUGCCCAAGCGCGGAGGCGGUGGCUACAACGGAAGCAAUGGAACUGGCACCAACAGCACCGUGGCACACUAUAAUCCCUACGAGAAGUGGAGCAAUGGCGGCAGCGAUAAUCUCUUUUCGUCUGUGACUAAUGGCGGAGGAGCAGGCAGCUCAUCCGUGGCCGAUGCCUUUGCCAGUCUGUCGUCGGUGGGAGGCGGUACCGUGGUGAGUGGCGGUGGCAGUGCCGUUAGCUCUGAAUCGCUCCUAGACUUGACCAACAAGCUGCUGUCGGCUACCAUUUACCCGCCAAAGUCGCAGAUCAAGCGCCAGAAGAUGAUAUAUCACUGCAAGUUUGGUGAGUUCGGCGUCAUGGAGGGACAGUUUACAGAGCCCAGCGGUGUGGCGGUGAAUGCUCAAAACGACAUCAUUGUGGCGGAUACGAACAAUCAUCGCAUCCAGAUCUUCGACAAGGAGGGACGCUUCAAGUUCCAGUUCGGCGAGUGCGGCAAACGCGACUCUCAGUUGCUGUAUCCGAACCGAGUGGCCGUGGUUCGCAACUCCGGGGACAUUAUCGUUACCGAACGCUCACCGACGCACCAGAUCCAGAUUUACAACCAGUAUGGACAGUUUGUGCGGAAGUUUGGAGCCACCAUUUUGCAGCAUCCGCGCGGCGUGACUGUGGACAACAAGGGACGCAUUAUCGUGGUGGAGUGCAAGGUGAUGCGCGUGAUCAUCUUCGACCAGAAUGGCAAUGUGCUGCACAAGUUUGGCUGCUCCAAGCAUCUGGAGUUCCCCAACGGUGUGGUGGUCAACGACAAGCAGGAGAUCUUCAUUAGCGACAAUCGGGCCCAUUGUGUCAAGGUUUUCAACUACGAGGGCCAAUACCUAAGGCAAAUUGGCGGCGAGGGCAUCACCAAUUACCCCAUCGGAGUCGGAAUCAAUUCGAACGGCGAGAUCCUGAUAGCGGACAACCACAACAACUUCAAUUUGACGAUUUUCACGCAGGAAGGGCAGCUGAUCUCGGCGCUCGAGUCGAAGGUGAAGCAUGCCCAGUGCUUCGAUGUGGCGUUAAUGGACGAUGGCAGUGUGGUGCUGGCCAGCAAAGACUACCGGCUCUACAUCUAUCGCUAUGUCCAACUGGCGCCAGUGGUAAUGCACAAAUUACACAACAGCAGCAGCAGCAGCAGUGACAACAAGAGCUACUUGGCAGACAGAAUACAGCAACAUUUCAUUUAAAAGAGAGAUUAUUAUUAUUAUUAAUAACAAAACAUUCCCCAUUUAAUUGUGUUAAGUUGUGUUGAAAUUUGUUGUUGGAGAAAAUAAGUGGUAAUUAAUUAAGGAUUGUAUGCCAUGCCAUUCAUUUUCUUAUGUAAGGAUAUGGAAAUGAAACACGUUUACGUUACGCAAUUAUUUUAAAUCAAUUUUGGGACUCAAAAAAAAUUUAUAUAAAUACGAAUAUAUAUUUGCAAUUAGUGUAAAUGAGUCUCUACGGUCGAACCGCACAUUAAAAACAAAAACACAAUACAUAAACAAAGAAGAAAAGAAUGUUGCUAAAUCAUUUGGAAAUAUGCAUAAUGUUAGCUCAUCUUACUCAUAAUCACGCAUUCGCAUCUAGAUUUUAGAUAUUUAUAAAGCUAUAUAGUGCAACUAAGCCGAAUCAUGGAAUCAUCAUCUAGUCAUCAUGCAUACAUAUAUGUAUUUUUAUAAUAAUUAAUAUUAAACGAAACCAAAACGAAACGAAAACAAAUAUGAACUAAACCGAAAAAGAACACCAAUCUAAUGUUAAAUGUCGUUAUAAUUAAGUUUUCUUUAUAUACACAUAUAUAUAUUUAUGUUUUAGCUAACGAUUUAUAUAUUUGAUUUUAAAGUCUCCCGCAGUUUGAAUUUAAAACUAAAUAAAAAAAAAAACAAGUGUAUACAGGGUUUUGCUUAAAUGGCUUUCAUAUACCGUAUAUGUAUUAUAUUGUCAUAUGAAAACAAACAUUUAAUAUCUGCUAAAAUAUUAUGUUUUAUCUAUUAUGGUUAAUUGUUUACACCAUGCCACACACGUUCUCGGUUACAACUCGUAUAUUUCGCUCAAAUUUUGUUUUACAGUUAAGAAGUACUUACAAAGAAAACGAAAAUGUUAAAGCAACGGAUGAUAAGGAAGGAAAAUGUGGAAAAUAUGGACUGACAAGCAAAUCAUGUAUAUCAUUGAGGGUUGGCAUUUUUAGUCUUUACAUAAGUAUAUAAAAUAAUUACAAAUAAUACAUUGUAGACUUUGUCGCGUCAGGCAUUCUCUCAGCUGUUUCGAAACGGGAAAAUUGUUAACUUUUUGUGUUGAAAUGAAAAAAGAAAAAUAAAAAAGAAAAACGUAAGAAAUAAAAUAACAUAUAUACACGCCCACCAAAUGCAUACUAUAUGCUAUAUACUGUUUCUAAUAUGCAUACAAAGAUUUAACCACACACACACACACAGACAGAAACUGGUACUGAUGAUACUGAACAAUUACAACAUUUGGUUAAAGUUCGUAACUGACCCAACUUACUGCCAGGAUAGCUCAGCUCAGCUCCUCCUCAUACACCCUGCAUUAAACUCACUCAGUCAGUCAAUCGAUCAGUCAGUCAGUCAGUCAGUCAGUCGAUCAGUCAUUCACGCAAUCAACCAAUCCUACCCAGGAAUCAAGCACAAUUAAAUGUAAUACAAAAGAGGAAAAGCAUUUAACUUGAAUAUUUUAUAUUUUCCAACGGUGUUUACUUUUUGUUUUUGGUCAAGAAGAACAAAUAAUGAAAACUCAAAUAAAAUAUAAACUUAAUCGUAACUAAAUCGAAUACGAUGUAAUUGAAUGUGAACGUUAUUAACUCAUUAACUAUUAUUAUAAUCUAAGAUUCCAACUGUAUGCGCAUUUUAUACAUAUAUAAAAAAGUAAGGCAAACAAAAUAAAAAACAACUCAUUAAUGUAAUGUGUAAGGGAAAACAAAACAAAACAAAACCAAAAAAAACUUACAUUAAAUUAUAUAUAAAUAUUUUUAUACAUGUGGAAAAACUUAAAAAAAAAUAAUAAAAUAAAUGCAUGAUAAUUCGUUAAAAGCUGCAAUUUGAUCGAGUGACGAGUUCUAGAACAACACUACAAGAAUUUCUACUCAAUAACUCCAUUGCAAAUGUCAACAACAUCGGCGUGAAUUUGAGUAUUUAACAACAACAUGAAAGUCUUUUUAAUGCUUAGGGGCCACAAUUUUCGAAGUAAUUAAAAAAAUGAAGAAAACAAAAACAACAUGAAAUUAUUAUAUUAAUAUACGGUAUUAAUUAACAUUUAAAAAAUGUUGUGUAACAUUAUUAAUAAACCAACCAAGAACAACCAGCAACAACAACAAUUGUAUUGUAAGAAUUUCUAUUUCCAUUAAACCACAAUAAAAUUAUUUUGUUUUUAAAUAAA